AUGGCAAUGUCUGACACUUUUACUAAAGGAAAAUUGCUUGAGCUCUUUCAAACUUCUGUAUUUACUAAACCGCUUAUUGUCAGGGUUAAUCAUAUAACAAAAUCUACAGUAAUAGAAGCAACAAUUGGAGACGAUGUUAUAUUAUUAGAUGCUUAUUUUUAUGAGUCUAAGGACCCAUUAGAAACAAUCAACGAUGGUGACUUUUUAAAAAUAAUGAAAGCAGAAUUUCACAUUUUGUGUUCUUAUUCAAAAGAAACACAAAUUAAAUUAGAAAUUAUUGAAUAUGAAAAUAUCGACACCACACGAGAUAAACUUGUUACUUAUGAUUACGGAAACGGUAAUGACUUAAAUCAAUUCAAAUGUAAAAUAAGUAAAGUUGAUACAAAGGUUGAUUCUUCAGACUUAUCAAAAAGAAAAAUCACACCAUUUGCUGUGAUCACAACAAUGACAAACAAUGUCACUAUUAAAGGGCGAGUAAUAUCAAAAAGUAACAUAACAAGAACAGUAACAGGAACAAAAUUAUGUUUUUUGCUUCAAGACGCCAAUGAAAAUGAAAUGACAGUUAAUUGUUAUGAUAAUGAAUGUGAACAGGCGUUUGAUAUGUUUCAAGUUGGAUCAGUGUAUUUCAUAUAUUGUAGACAAUUUAAAGAAAUAAAGAGUAGUAUACACUUAAGAGAAAAAGAAAUUGAUGUGAAUAUGACUUAUACAUGUGAAAUACCGACGCAAGAGUCUGAAAAUGAUAUUCCUUCAAAAGGUUUAAUCACUACAAUUUCUUAUUUAAAAAAUGCAACCGUUGAAAAAUUGUACGAUGUGAGUGGAGUUGUAAUUAAAAUAAACAAAGAAGAUAAUGUGACCAAAGGAGGUAAAGUGUAUCGGACUAUAUUAGUCGUUGAUCAAUCGAAUUAUAUCAUUGAAAUUAAAUUUUGGGGUGACACCUCGACUCUACCAGACAAACUUGAAAUGUUUAAAAAAAUAUACACAUUCAGAAACGUGUUACUUGGAGCAUUCAAAGUACGAUCAUUAAACUUUUUUUAA